GCUUAAGUUGUCUUGUGCUGUUUUAGUGGUUUAACUGCUUUACAUAAAAAAAAAAAGUUUUGUUUUUGUUUAUUUAUAUGUAUGUAGUACACAAUGCCAUACACUAGUUGUUCUUGGUAUCCAGAUGAAUAGUUUUGGAGUUCACAUUGAUUAAAAUACUGUCUACAGUGGACCAGGUGUCCAUUAGCUUGUUUUAAAUGAGUAUGUAUGAGCAUACAUUGACCAGUCUCUUUAGUUUAAUGAUUCAUGGAGCAAUCUUGCCCUUUAAGAAGGUCAAUAUAGGAAGGCUGAGCAUUCUGUAAUGGCUUUUUAUAGCAUCAUGUGCUGAAUGCCACAUUGUCUUCACUCUUCACAUUGUUCAAAAAGUUGUGGUGCGUGUGUGGUUUUAUUUAUGUAUUUUUUGCUAAAUGGGUAGAAAUGAGGAAACACAAACUCACAAGCCAGAAGACAAAUAUCUUCAGGAAGUUGGGUAGCCAUCAACAGCUGUCUGGCAGCUCCUCCUGUUGAGAGACAUUUGAAAGGGCACAACAGUUCACUCAUUGCAUAGUAGGUUACAGAAGUGUUUGCUAAUCCUGGUCCUGGAGCACCCCCACAUUACACAUUUUGGAUUCCUUCCACAUUUGUCGCCCAUGAUUCAACUCAUCAGGUCGUUAGUUGAGUGCUCAUGAACUGAAUUAGGUGUGUAAAAUAAGGGACACAGAACGUACAGAGCUGGCAGUUUCCCAGGAUCAGGAUUGGGGAACUCUGGGUUAGAAGCCAAAUAACUGAUCUAAAAUAAAAACUGCUUGUGAUGCAGGAUUUCUUAAAAGUUGUUACUUGGUGGUGAGUAUUACUGUGUGCCAGGCAAACAGAACAAAUCUUGCUGUACAGGGAUAUUUAGUAAACAAGCUACAUGAGGCAUGGUUUUGUCUGUUGAGCACUAGUUAUCCAUGAACAUUAGUAUUUUAUUUUUUUAUAGUCAUGUUGUGACCAAACACUAUGCUAAUGUUCUUGUUGAAUUAAGCAGUAGCUUAAUUCAAUGACACAUUUUAUGAGACCGGUUCUUCUCUUCUUGUUGCAGUUGAGAUCUGACAAAGCAUCAUGGGAGGUGCGGUUGUAGACACUGGUGACAGUGGGGUCAAGGCCCCCGAUGGAGGAUGGGGUUGGGCUGUCCUCUUUGGCUGCUUCAUCAUUACAGGCUUCUCCUACGCCUUUCCCAAAGCGGUCAGCGUCUUCUUCAAAGAACUUAUCCGAGAGUUUGGAGUGGGCUACAGUGACACUGCUUGGAUCUCCUCCAUACUUCUUGCAAUGCUUUAUGGCUCAGGGCCUAUAUGCAGCAUCCUAGUGAACCGGUUUGGGUGUCGCCCUGUGAUGAUGGUCGGGGGCCUUUUUGCCUCGCUGGGCAUGAUUUUAGCAUCCUUUGCAACCAACAUCAUCCACAUCUAUCUCAGCACAGGAGUCAUAACAGGUUUGGGUCUUGCUCUGAACUUUCAGCCAUCCCUCAUCAUGCUGAACAGAUAUUUCAGUGAGAAAAGGCCCUUGGCCAAUGGGUUGGCUGCAGCUGGAAGUCCCGUGGCUCUGUGCUGUUUGUCUCCUCUUGGUCAGGUUCUUCAAUACAAGUAUGGUUGGCGUGGAGGCUUCCUCAUCCUUGGAGGGAUUCUACUGAAUUGCUGUGCAUGUGGGGCCCUCAUGAGACCCUUGAUGGCACUGAAAAAAACAAGCGAGGUGGAUGAGAAGGAAACCAAACCUAAACCAAAGCCCAAGCUUCUUGACUUUACUGUCUUUAGAGAUCGUGGCUUUUUGAUUUACACGGUGGCUGCGGCCAUCAUGGUGUUAGGUCUUUUUGUGCCUCCAGUGUUUGUGGUAAGCUAUGCCAAGGAACUGGGCAAUGAGGACACAAAGUCUGCCUUGCUGCUCACCAUACUAGGGUUCAUUGAUAUCUUCGCCAGGCCAACAUGCGGUAUCAUCGCUGGGCUCAAGUGGGUUCGGCCACGAUGUGUUUACCUCUUCAGUUUCGCUAUGAUCUUCAAUGGCAUCACUGAUAUUAUCGGCUCCAUGGCCAAAGACUAUCCAUCUCUUGUGGUGUUCUGCGUAUUCUUUGGUAUCUCCUAUGGCAUGGUUGGAGCCUUACAGUUUGAAGUGUUGAUGGCCAUUGUGGGGACAGAGAAGUUCUCCAGUGCCAUCGGCUUGGUGCUGUUGGUUGAAGCCUUUGCUGUGUUGGUGGGACCACCUGGAGCAGGUCGCCUUCUGGAUGCCACAAAGAACUACAUGUUUGUCUUCCUGCUGGCUGGGUGUGAGGUGGUCCUCUCGGCCCUUGUGCUCGCAAUCUGUAACAUGCUCUUCAUCAAAAGGAAGCCUGAACAGCCUGACCCUCCAGCCAAGAUGGAGAUGGCCGUUAUCGACACGGAGAUGGAGGAGCUCAACAAAGCACCAAAGAACGACCAAGACAACGGAGGUGGUGAAAAUGGGAAGAAGCAAGCCAUCGAACAGGAAGCAACGACAAAAUCUGAUGAUUAAAAAGGUUGAAGAGCCUGAAAGCAUAGGGGUGGGCUCGAUAGAGCUGGAAAACGCUUCCAAAAAUGUGACCGAACCAAAUGGUGUGGUUGUAGAACCUGAAUCCUCUGUGAAGAUACUAGAACAAUAGACAUGACAGAGCUUCCCUUGUAGGACUCCUGGACAUGCGUUUGAUGUUGUAGUGUAUGCUUUUUGUAUCGCACUUCAAAUGUGGUUGCAAAGGACUGCUUUCAGACCUGCUUUCCAGUUCAGAUUCAGCCAGUUUUAGGCCAAUCACUGCCUUGUAUGUUAGCAGAUAUGUCAGGAUGUUCUCAAACUUGCAUUAAAAAAAAUAGAUUAAAUUUAUACUGUGGCACCAGAUUUUAGGCCAGUAAACACUCCACAUCAGAGCAGGUCACCAGCAUUAUACUGAAUAUUACCAGCUUGCUGCUUUGUGGCAUUCAGUGUUUGCUAAUGUGGAUUGUUGGUUCAUAGUACCUUUUUUGUCAUCUACCGUAACGUUUUAAACUGGUCCUGGGAGAGCACAGGAUUGUAUUAAAGUUCUGCAUUUCAGACAAAUGGAACCAGAUUAACCCGUACAACAUGCAAAUGAGGAUCCUAGUUAGUCUUUUUAAAUUGGAAACAUUCUUGAGGAAUGUACAGAGUUCAGACAUGCUUGUUUUUGGGGAACAGUCCAACGUAUAUAUAACUAUUGGAGGACAAAGCUCUGUUACAUUUUUAUACUUUUUUUUUUUUGCUAUUUUAAUUUAAACUUUUUCGUUUAGAUUCAGUAUUUAUAUUAAAGUGUUGUCAAAUUUGUAUUUAUUCAUCUAAAUGUCAGUGUUUCUAGACCAACUGCAUCAAUCAGGAGAGGACCACAGCUUGUACUUCUAUGUUGGUAAUGUAACAUUUUUUAAUUCACUCUUUUAUUUUUAUUUUUGAAACCCAAAUAGUAAUACAGGAUUUAUGAAAAUCGUGGUAUGGAUAAAACCUUGUUAAAUGUUACCUCAUUUUUUUUCUUUCACCAGCAGUUUGAGUAGGGACCCUCUUCUACUAUAUUCUUGAGCUAUUUUUGGUUGUGCCUUAAGUCUUGUAGCCGUACAGAACUUGUGAGUCAUUUUAGAAAUAAAUACAUCCUUCCCUCCACUGAACCUUGACUCAUUU